GAAACAUUCGUGAAACGUGCCAGCUACGAGAAAAGAACUCCCGGAAGUUCUCGUUGGAAAAAAGUCCUUUUCCUCCACAUUUCCGGGCUUGGUGAGCAAUGUCCGUGGAUGUUUACAUAUUCUUCCUGUUCUUUUUCAUUGCCUUAGUUAUUGUUACACACAUUCUCACGUCGCACAAUGAGAAAUUCCAUCACAAUUCGCGCAUUUCGCUGAAUUUGGGCAACAUUCCGGAAGAUGUUAUUGCCCAGGAUGCUGAGAUUCCACGAGCUAGGAAUCCCAAUUGUUCCUACUGGGAUUGUUUUAACGUGUACAAAUGCGGCCAGAGGGUGAGCGACAAUGAAUUCAGCAUCUACGUGUACCCAUUGCGAACCUACGUGGAUCCAGAUGGGAAAAAUGCCUUCAAGCUCACCAAAGAAUUCUACUACAUCCUCAAGGCCAUCACUGAGAGCCCCUACUACACACCAAACCCAAAUAGAGCUUGUCUCUUUGUACCCAGUAUUGAUACACUCAAUCAGAAUAAUGUUGAUACGAGUCUUGUGGCUAAGGCUCUGGCUUCUCUUCCUUACUGGGAAGGUGGAGAGAAUCACAUCCUCUUCAAUAUGAUUCCCGGAAGUUCUCCAGACUACAACACAGUUCUGGACGUCAAUACGGAUAGAGCCCUAAUAGCGGGAGCAGGAUUCGAUACGUGGACGUACCGGAGUGGCUUUGACCUCUCCAUCCCAUUCUUCAGUCCCAAUCAGGUCAAAAUGACCCAAACACGAGCUUCAGAGCCACGAAAAUUCCUUCUAAUCUCCUCACAGCUCAACAUGUACGCCCAGCACUCGCGAAUCCUCCAGGAAAUCUCCUUCAAUCACCCAGACGUGCUGACGUUGCAAAAAUGCCCAGAAGGCACGAAACAAACCCCCGGGGAGGAGACAGAACACCUGGACAUUCGCUGUAGCAUCCCUCACGGCAAUGAAUACCGCUAUCCCUACAUCCUGACCAAGGGCACCUUCUGCCUCAUUAUCCGCGGCGUUCGUCUCGCUCAGCCAAAUCUCAUGGAAGCUCUCGCCAGCAACUGCAUUCCCGUCAUUGUGGCCAACAAUGGCGUCCUCCCCUUUAGCGACGUCCUCGACUGGAGCCUGGCUUCCAUCUCUAUCCGGGAGACAGACUUCCACUCAAUCUACACCGUCCUCCAAGCAGUCAGUGCGGAUAAAGUGGCUGAGCUGCAGAAACAAGGCUAUUGGCUCUAUCGCAAAUACUUCAGCAGCAUCCGGAAGAUUGUCCACACAAGCCUGGACAUUCUCAAUGAUCGCAUUUUCCCGCAUCUGGCCAGGAAUUACCUCCACUGGAAUGUCCCAAUGUACGAGAAAACCUCCCGGAAUCCCCUCUUCCUGCCGCUGAUUGCACCCAAAUCUCAAGGAUUUACUGCUGUUAUCCUCACGUACGACAGGAUUGAUUCGUUGUUUACGCUCGUGCAGAAAUUAGCCGUUGUCCCGGCACUCCAGAAGAUCCUCAUCAUUUGGAAUAAUCAGAAAAAGACUCCACCGCAUCCCACCAUGUUCCCCAAAAUCACAAAACCCCUCAAACUCAUCCAGACAAAGGCCAACAAGCUCUCAAAUCGCUUCUAUCCGUAUGAAGAGAUUGAAACGGAAGCCAUCCUUACCAUUGACGAUGAUAUCCUCAUGCUGACCAUUGAUGAGCUGCAAUUUGGUUACGAAGUCUGGAGGGAAUUUCCGGAUAGAAUUGUGGGCUUCCCCAGCCGAACACAUGUGUGGGAUAAUUCAACAGGACGCUGGAAGUAUGAAUCAGAGUGGACAAAUGAGAUCUCCAUGGUUCUAACAGGAGCAGCCUUCCACCAUAAGUACUGGAGCUACAUGUACACAAAUGCCAUGCCGGGAGACAUUAAAGAAUGGGUGGAUGAUCAUAUGAAUUGCGAGGAUAUCGCCAUGAAUUUCCUCGUGGCAAAUAUAACGCGUAAACCCCCGAUUAAGGUGACCCCAAGGAAGAAGUUCAAGUGCCCCGAAUGCACGAAUACCGAGAUGCUGUCAGCCGAUAUUAAUCACAUGAUGGAGCGUUCAGCAUGCAUUGAUCGUUUUGCUACAAUCUACGGCACAAUGCCCCUAAAAACAGUUGAAUGGCGCGCUGAUCCUGUUCUCUUCCGCGACAACUUCCCGGAGAAGUUGAAGCGCUUCAAUGAUAUUGGCAGCCUCUGAAAAGGAGCAGAUUCCGCAGCUUCCUGCAGCCAAAUGUGGUGCAAUCAAUGCGAAAAUCAAAGUGUCAUAGCAAUCUAGUCCAAUUUGCAGCAUUUCCCUGUUUUCCCAGCCUCCCAGUUAAAACGCCCCAAUUUUAGCGACAAAAAGGAACCCUUUUCCCUGCAUUGCACAAGGACUUUUUGCACGAAUUUAUUAGGAUUUUUUUUAAACUCCCAGUUCUUUUUAAUUUUGAAACCAGUGACCCAUAUGUAAUAAUUUUUGUGACCAUAAGAAGGUGAAUUGUAGGCCCGCUAUAAGAGUCUACAAGUAAUAGUAGUUUAAUGGUUAAAUGUGAUAUUAGAGAGGCAUUUUUUUAUUGAAUUUGAAUCUGAUAUCUGUAUGUCAUGUAUGUAUUUUAGCUAAAUAAGAAAAACUCUGGAAAGAAAUUUGGAGAAAAUUUUUUUUUAUUUCUGGAGGGAAAUUGAAGGUGGGAUCGUAUUCUCAGCAUUAAUUUUAGGGGGGACUGUCGAAGAUUCCAAAUCUCUAUCUCUCACCGUUUAUCCGCUAGAGCAAUAAUUAAAAGCUAGGUGACAGAUGAGAUUGAAGCCAUGUUGAAAAUUUGACAGAUGAGCUACUUUUUAACACUCGGAGGACUUUACUGGUACUUGCUACCAAUUGGAACCUUAAAAUCAUCACAAAAUAAAAUCUAUUGGACUUAUCUCGAUGAAUUUCGCAUCUAUGUGUAGGGAAUUUUAAUUACUUUAAGAUAGCAGAAAGAAAAUCUCGAGAAAAGUCUUUUCUUUGGAAGAUAAUUGAGGUCAAAGUCAGAAUCCAACGCGGAGGAUCAAAUUGGUAAUAACUACCAGUCAAAAUCCCAUACAUUUUAGCCAUGGUUUUGAGGUUAUGUUUCCCCAUAUUUUCCAAAUAAAGUACUCUUGUUCACUUUCCUCAGUCAAAAAUAAUUAAUGUGGACUAAUUUUAUUGCCGGAAAUGACUAAAAAGUUACUGGAAGAAUCAAAGUUUGUGAUGAUUUAGGCGCACUAAUAAAUUAGGCAAAACUGCAGCUAAAAUAGUCGUUUGAAUUGGCAAUUUUGCAUCGAUUCUACGCAAUUUUAUUCCAGUAACGAUUUUCUCAAUUAAAUAUUUAGUAAUUUGGUGUAGGAAUGCUUGAAGGAGAUUGAGAAUUAGUGAAACUUUCGAUCCAUGUUCAAUAAACGGAUUAAUAAUUAAUUAUUGAGCAUAUUUUAUCAGCUGGUAGUUAUUACCAAUUUGAUCCUCCGCGUUGUGCCAAAUAUUGGGUCUUCCAAGUGUUAAACAUUUAACGGACUAAAUAUCUUUUGAAUUUCAACGAUUUCAGGUUAAUUUUAAAGAAAUUCAUAACGAAAAAAAAUUUUAAUGAAUGUUUUACACACAAACAUGAAAACCUGAAAAAUCUGUCAGGAAAAAUUCAAAGUUUAAUCAAAUCAGAUUCCAAUUGGAAAACAAAUCUAAUUUUAGAAUUUUAUCUUAAACACCGUUUUGAAUAAAUUUUUGAAAAAUUAAAGAAGAAAUUUCUCCAAAUUCUCUCCGAUAAAACGACAAAGAGAAGAGAAAUCAAAUCAACGCGCCUCCAUUGCAAAGGCCCUUGCGUUGAAAGACUUUUUCGGAUCAAACCUUUCGGUCAGAAAAUUCUGUUUUUGAUCAGAAGAAUAAUGUUUUCUGGUCAUGAAAAACAAGCAAUAAAUCAGGAAAAUAAGCCUUAAUAAUAUUCUUCUGAUCAAAAGCAAAAUUUUCUGAUCAAAAGAUGGGACCGGACCUUUUCAUAGCCCAAAAGUCGUUGAUUUUGUAUCCUUUUUUUGCAUGUUAAAUAGAUAAGUCCAACACUUGUUGAGUAUUUUCUCUCUCAAAUAACUUUUUCUUUUAAAUAAUGUAUUUUGAAAGAGAAAUAAAGAUCAUUUUUUUUCAAAUUAUA